AUGAAGGAUUGCCGCAAGGCUCUAGCGACGGCAGCAGGGCAGCAUCUGUUUGAGGUUUACACUAAGGAGCUAUCUCAGAAAAGCCCAACGCGUGACUCAGCUAAGUCCGCCCUGUGCGUGCCAGCGUUUUUGAGAGAGGCAUUCAUGUUGUGUUGGUUAAUGACCAUACAAGAUCCACCUGUUGUGUUUGACCGCCUUCUACAGCACGGAGCGAAAUUCAACACGGAGUUAUAUCGGUCUUACACCAAGUCAGGACCUCUGGUGGAUUUUCCAGCGUCAUUCGCUAAUGUAAAGUUCAAUGAGCAUACCACUUUGUUUCACAUAAUUAUAUAUAUUAUUGCGUUUGGGUGCGUUACAGCUUCGCCUGUUUUAGAAUCCCGAUUUGUGGCGGAAGUGGACAUUCCGGAUCUUGUUCUCAGAUUGGACGCAAACGACGUGAAACUGAAUGCUCUUACAAAGAACCUGAGUGACACCGUUGGCCAGCUUGCUACUCUGACGAGAUCAUUUAACGACCUCAAAGCCAAAGUCGAUCAUCAGCCAGUGGCAUUCAAAGCACACCUGGCUUCGAGUGGCAAUUUGUAUAUCACUAUCGGUCCAAAUCAACGCAUCAUCUUUGACGAUGUUCAACUGAACCUUGGAAAUGCCUACUUUCAACAUCUGGGUGGAUUUCUUGCACCGUUGAGCGGCACGUACAUGUUUUCCGUCUCCAUUUGCUCACGUACUGGCCAUUACAUUGUUCUCAAUCUGAUGAAGAACAACAACAGGAUCGGCGGUGUACUUGCGGGGGAUAAUGCUCUUGAUGAUUGCUCUUCUGAGACUACCGUCACUCAACUGAACGCUGGCGACCAGGUAUACGUUCAACAUCAUGGGAUCGAUGGCGAUAUGAUCUUUGUGCAUCAAAACUAUAUUAAUAGUUUUACGGGGUCUCUAUUGCAAAUAUUGUAAAUGACAAUAAAAUACGACGCACAACUGUA